GGUGCAUGCAGAAAAGGGGGCUAGCCAAGAACAACACAACAAUCUUUGCAGCUAGAUCUACACAGUCUACUGAUCUAGGAGAGUGUUGUAUUUGGCUUGUAGGCUUUACAGUUUACAAUAAUCUAUCUGGAAACUGUUACAAAUAGCCUGAAAAUAUUCUGAAGAUGCAGUGGAUUUCGAGGUCAUCAACAGCAAGAUCCUUUGAAAGAAAAUGGUCUCCAAAAAUCAGACCACCCUACAAACACCUGGAAGAUCUGGAAGAUGAUGUUACCCUGGUUUUCCGUAAGCCUAGUUGGCAGCUCAGAGCCAGCCUUGCCUCUGUGUUGAUCACCCCUGUCCUUUACCAACUCUACCUCAUUAUGGUCACCAUCAGAUACAUACUCUUCUUACAAACUUUUUCCUCUCCCCCACGUCCUGCUUGCCCUGUGGUUGACUUGAGUUGGACCGGAGUGUUUCCUUGUGAGCUGGGAUGGAGGGGGAGUGCACUGGCCGUUCUCAUUCUGUCAGCUGUGCUUAUCACCUGCUACUCACUCAUCAUUGCCUGCUUGGUGAGAUGGAACCCUCGGAACAUUCAGUAUUGUACCACAGUUUUUGGUACUCAAGAAAAGCCGACCAAGUUCCAAGUGAGAGUUCAGAGCACUAAUCGACUGAUGUUGCCCCCCACUCUCAGUCUGUGUAUACUGUUACUGAUAUUCCGCUUACUGUUACAGUCAGGAGAUGUUGAAGCAAACCCUGGACCAACGUUCUGCUCCAUUCUGACUAUCGAUGAUUUGAAUUCUGUUUACGAGAAACUGAUAGAAGCCGCUGAAAACUGGUUGGACCUGGGACUUGCCCUGGGAUUAGGUCAUAGCACCCUCAGCAAUAUAAAAGGUGAACAUCGAGACAAGAACCAAACCUGUUUACGGGAAAUGUUAGCUGUUCGCUUGAAGACUGGCCCUCCUCUCACCUAUUCUGACAUAUGUCGGAGUCUCAGAGCACGAACAGUUAAACGGAAUGAUGUCGCUGUGACUAUAGAGAUGGAAUGUACAGAUGACGAUACUUCACCUGGGCCAUCUAAGAGGCAGAAAUUGUCCACAAUGACUCCUGGACCAACUAAACCUAAAUCCGAUAAUCGUCUCGAAAAGAAAGAAGGUGAACAUUCCGAAAAUCAACAUUUAACUGUAGACAUUAUAGUGAGGGAAGUGGGUAUCAGGAAAGAAGUACUUGAUCAGCGUUGCUUGUCUGAAGUGUUGGAGGAAAUUGGUCGAGUUCUUCCAAACUGGCUGAAGUAUGCUAAGGUCCUGCUGUCUAAAGCACAAAUUCAAGGUAUUAAGACUGACACAAACUUAGAUUAUGAAAUGAGGGGUCAGAAGGUGUUGGAGAUUUGGCUCAACGAAUAUAACACAAGCUACCGCAUGCUUGUUGAUAUUUGCCUCAAAUUGAAGGAUGGCGAAACAGCAAGAAGAAUCUGUGAGAUAGUAAAAGAGUCCAAUCCGCUAAAGAGGAAGAGGAAGAGAGAGGACACUAAAGACGAUGAAAACGGUGGAAUGUAGUGCUAGUGGAGCAAAAAAGCCAUGCCAACUACAGAACUGAGUUUCUUACUGCAGUAUAAGCAAGCAUUAUAUUUACCAGACGCACUCUGUCAUGCAUACAUUAUACAUUGUACAACAUAAAGAUUCUUGUUACAAUUACUUUUUUCUGUUUUUGUGUUUUUGUAUGUUGAUGAUCAUUUCCAUUUGCAAUGAGUCUAUUCAUGAUCAGUA